AUGACUGUGGCAAAGGCAAGCAAGAGUACUAAUGUGCUGGAAGGAGACUCAAUGGAGCAGGACGUGGAAAGCCCUGUUACAAUUCAUCCACCCAAGUUGCCCAAACAGGCCCGAGAAGAUCUGCCAAAGCAUUUAAGCAAAGAGGGUGCCAAAAGAAAAAUCCAGAGGUAUGUUAGGAAAGACGGAAAAUGCAACGUCCACCAUGGAAAUGUGAGAGAGACUUAUCGCUACUUGACCGAUAUCUUCACCACCUUGGUCGACCUCAAGUGGAGAUUCAACCUUUUGAUAUUUGUCUUGGUUUAUACUGUGACUUGGUUGUUCUUUGGAUUCAUCUGGUGGCUAAUUGCUUACAUCCGAGGAGACAUGGAGCACAUAGGAGAUAAGAAAUGGACACCCUGCGUUAGCAACCUCAAUGGAUUUGUCUCAGCCUUUUUAUUCUCUAUAGAGACAGAAACUACAAUUGGGUAUGGUUAUCGGGUUAUCACAGACAAAUGUCCUGAAGGAAUUAUCCUGCUUUUAGUUCAGUCUGUUUUAGGGUCUAUUGUGAAUGCUUUCAUGGUUGGCUGCAUGUUUGUAAAAAUAUCACAGCCCAAGAAGAGAGCAGAAACCCUGGUGUUUUCUACCAAUGCUGUAAUUUCUAUGCGGGAUGGAAAGCUGUGUUUGAUGUUUCGAGUUGGGGAUCUUAGAAAUUCACACAUUGUGGAAGCAUCAAUACGAGCCAAGCUGAUCAAAUCGAAACAGACAAAGGAGGGGGAAUUUAUACCUCUCAAUCAAACAGAUAUCAAUGUAGGUUAUUAUACUGGGGAUGAUCGACUGUUUUUGGUUUCACCACUGAUCAUCAGCCAUGAAAUAAACCAACAGAGUCCUUUCUGGGAGAUUUCCAAAACUCAGUUGCCCAAAGAGGAAUUAGAAAUAGUUGUGAUCCUAGAAGGAAUGGUGGAAGCGACAGGGAUGACAUGCCAAGCCCGAAGUUCUUACAUUACCAGUGAAAUUCUGUGGGGUUAUCGUUUCACACCUGUUCUCACCCUAGAGGAUGGAUUUUAUGAAGUUGAUUAUAAUAAUUUCCAUGAGACAUAUGAAACCAACACCCCAUCUUAUAGCGCCAAAGAAUUGGCAGAGAUGGCCAGUCGAGCAGAGUUACCCCUUACUUGGUCUGUCUCAAGCCAGUUAGAUCAGCAUGCUGAAAUGGAGGCUGGAGAGGAAGCUAAGAGCCAUGAAGAACAAGCAGAAAGGAAUGGUGAUGUGGCCAAUUUAGAGAAUGAAUCCAAAGUUUAGAACUGAAUG